GGCGUCGGCUGUCGGCUGUCGGUUGUCGAGGGCAUCGUCACCUCCUCGACGCGCACAACAUGUAAAAACUGUAAGUGGCAUUGCAAAGAAAGUUUAGUUCUUUCUGAGAUCUCGCUGCGUUCGGUUAACCGAGAGAGCGAGAGCGCACGCAUCGCAUCGAUCCCCGUGCCAGGGCAGCAACCAAAGAAGUAAAAUAAUAAGAAGAAGCAUCAAUCGAUGAUAUACUGUACACACACAUAUCAACACACAUUCACAGCAAUUACUGACUAAAGGGAUCGCGCGUCGAACACUUGUCGCUUGUCGCGUUGCGUUUCGGUGAUUGUGAAAUUCGUGAAAAUCGCAAAGAGAAAAAAAAGAACUUUCUGAUCAGACUGCGAGUGGGAGGGGUGCUCCGGGGGUGUAGUGUUGUAUUUUGUUGCGUGCGGGUGAUAUAUUAUUGAUUCCGCAUCGACUGAAUCAUCAGACUAUAUUCUGAGUGCCGGCCACAGGCAACUGGCAACUGGCAACCGAAUCCGAUUCCAAUUCCAUUUCCAACUGGAGCGACACCGCCAAACAGCCACGCUUCAGUUAAUCAACGGACUCGCUUCCUGAUCCACCAAGUGAUUCCCAGACGAUAUGACAAAGGAUCAGCAGGCCACGCCCAUACCCGAGGAGCUCUACAAUCUCACCCAGCUGGCCGAUGUUACACUGGCGGCUGGACCGCUGAGCACGGCAGCCAAAAACGCCAAAAUGUUGCCCUCAAAUGCUUUCUACGCCUCCUCCGACGAUGACUCCACAUACAAUUCGUACAGCCACAAGGUGUUUGAUCGCCGAAAAGUGCGCCGUUGCACCAUCUCCGACACCAAUUCCUGCGCCAGCAGCCAAUCCAGCGCUCAAUCUCACAGCAGCAGCGAGGAGCAAUCACCGGCACAGAACAGCAGCAGCUCCAGCUCCAGUUCCAGUUCCAUUCUGCUGGAUGAUGAGCACACCUGUCCCGAGUGCGGCAAAAAGUAUUCCACCUCCUCCAAUCUGGCGCGCCAUAGACAAACCCACAGGUCAAUUAUGGACAAGAAGGCGCGACAUUGUCCGUACUGCGAAAAGGUGUAUGUGUCGAUGCCUGCUUAUUCGAUGCAUGUGCGCACCCACAACCAGGGCUGCGAGUGUCAGUACUGUGGCAAGUGCUUCUCCCGUCCCUGGCUGCUCCAGGGACACAUACGCACACACACCGGAGAGAAGCCCUUCAAGUGCAACGUGUGCAGCAAAGCCUUUGCGGACAAAUCCAAUCUGCGUGCUCACAUCCAGACGCAUUCGAACACAAAGCCUCACACCUGCGCACGCUGCGGCAAAGCGUUUGCCUUGAAAUCGUAUCUGUAUAAACAUGAGGAAUCCUCCUGCAUGAAGAAUCGCAGCGAGACGUUACCACGUGCCACAGCCAAGCAGCAAACGGAGUUGGAAGUCACAGCAGAGGCAAUGACAGCAAAGUCAACUUCAUCUAUUUCUCCAGAUUCAGCAAAGUCAACUCUGGCACACAAGUUGCUGCAGAAGGAAAAGGAUCGCCGACAAGCUCAAGCCAAAGCUAAAGCUGCCUUAGCUUAUGCUUAUCCUGGGACUCACACCGAUUCCUUUGGCAUCUAUGAGAGCUUCAAGCGCAAUGCGGUGUUGCAACCAACAGUGUUGCAACAUCCGAGUGCGGUGUACCAAGAUCAUUUGUUGCCGCUGUCACUGCCACUGCCGUUGCCUUAUCACCAGCACUUUCCACAUGCCACAACAGCACCUGCAACAGCAGCUACAACAAUGCCCAACAAUGUGGAGGCGGAUCAAGAGCAACCUGUUGACUUUUCACCCAAAAACAAUUUCACACACUCGGCCAAAACGAGUCCAUUCGAGCUGACAGGCAACUAUGCCAUGGUUGCCUAGCUUACAGAUGUAAAUCAAUGCCCCGGUCUGACUGUA